AUGCUGUUUUCAGAAGAGCAUCGCAUUACGCGCCGUCUGGGUCGAUGGGAAAUCGGUCUACGUGCUAUGGCUACGUUUGAUACACUUUUACUCGCUGAAUCCGCCCCUCAAAGGCUUCUAAUCAAGGCUAUCGGUCUCAUGCAAGUAGCCAACCCACCGUGUCGAUGUUUGGGCCUGUACUAUCCUGAGUCAGACAAAUAUAUACGGCCACUACCACUUACUCUCCUACGAAGGCUUCGGAGAGACGACGGCAUACGUGUUAUUGAUCUUUUGAUUGCUCUGGAAACGAUUAAAUCUACUGUGUUGUCAAAUUGGACCAAGGAUGCUGAAAAGCUUCGCGAGCAGGUCAAGAAGUCACAUUGGAUAGACAACAUCUGGACGUUACCCGGCUCUCCAACAAUUCGCAUCUACCUAGACAAUGGGCUUAUGGCCGACGAACCACCCUACGCUGCCGAGGGAAUCGCUGACCGUGAUCACUAUUCACAUCCUUUCCGCGGUGAUACAUAUAAGUUCCGUCGAGCGUACAUGAUCGCCGAGCCAUCAAGGGAUAUUCGACAAGGCGAGUGGGUUCCAGAAGAAUUGUUCGAGCCAAUGGAGAGCCAGACGGGACGCGCUCCUAUCAACUGGAUGUACACUUGA